AUGCUUGUCUUUUACAGAACCUUACUGUGGUGGAUGGAGAACAUAUCAACUCCUCUCAAGCAGCCUAUCGUGUUCGAGUUGGAGGGCUUCUAUGUACCACCGGGCUACGGCACUUUCCUGUUCUUCCUGGCUCUGUUAAAUUUCUUUGUAACGCUGUUGGGGAAUAGCAUGGUGGCGUGCGUCAUUAUCAUAGACAAGAACCUCCACAGACCCAUGUUCGUAAUGGUUUGUAACCUCGUAGUGUGUGAUCUGCUGGGGGCCACGGCGGUGCUGCCUCACCUGAUGGUGCACUUCUUGACGGGACAGAAGACGAUCGCCUACAUCCCGGCCAUCGCCCAGGCCUUCUCUGUGCACAUGUAUGGUGUCGCAGCGCAGACUAUUCUGGGAGCGAUGGCCUAUGACAGGUACAUUGCGGUGUGCGAACCACUCAGGUAUCACAGCAUCAUGACAUCAGCUCGGCUGCACUCCUGCUGUGCUCUGGCCUGGUUCGUCGCUCUGCUGUGUAUUGCUGUGCUCUUCUCCUUCCAUAUGAAUGUCCCGCUGUGUGGCAAUACCAUCAAACAUGUGUACAGCAGCAACCGUGCCAUUCUGAGCCUGGCCUGCAGUCCCACCCCUAUCAGUGAUAUCUAUGGUCUGUCCAUGACCUGGUCUGUGAGUACAGGGAUCUUCCUCAUCAUUGCUUUUUCCUACUUCAGAAUCCUGCGUGCUUCUAUAAAAUAUGGCGCAGCUGACCGCAUCGUCCGCAGCAAGGCCUUUCAGACGUGCACAUCGCACCUUGUUGUGUAUGUGCUCUACCAAAUAUCUUCAUUGGUCAUAAUUGUGAGUCAGAGGUUUCCCUCAGUCUCCCAAAAUAUCAAGAUGUUCUUCAGCAUCUUGUUUAUCAUCAUUCCACCAGCCAUCAACCCCCUUAUCUACGGACUGGUCAGUGAAGAGCUUCGUGCCAGCAUCAUCAAGCAUUUUAGCAUACACAUCCACUAUAAAAAAUGA